UCAAGCCUUUCGAACACAGUAGACGUUAAGACGGCUUGGCUACACGAACGCUUUCCGUUUCGAAUGUAAACACGGAAGGCUGAAUGUAAACAAAAACCUGUAAAAGAAGAAAUAUCUUGCGAGUAUAGGCUCCAGAAGAAAAAGCAGUUAGAGAGCAAAAAAGGCGAAUUUGAAUAAAGGAUUUGGUACAAAAAAUGGAUGCUGAGGAAUCAUUCAAGGUGGAAUGUAGCGAUGAAGAAAUACAGAAAGAAUUGAAGAAUGGAGUGUUUAUUGAACCAAGCGCCACAGAAAUAGUACGUUUAUAUGAAGCCCUUGCCAAAGAUGGGUCAUUGCCCAUAAAGUGGAACUGGGAACUAGGGAGACGGCCCCUAACUCCCUCACAAGAUGAUUCUGAAAGUGACAGAGAAGAGGAGGCAGAAAAAAUUGACACUUCAGGAUUUGAUUUUGAUGAUGAACCAGCAACAGUACGUCUAACCCCUCGACGCACGCCUGGUAGUGCUGGCCCAAAAGGCAGCGCCAAGAAAAAGACAACCAAUUUUGAAAAUGUGUUAGCCAGUGUGAGAAGACAGAAGAAACUUGAACUUAGGGAGAAAACAAGAUUCAGAAAAGAGAAGAAAUAGAAAAUAAAUUUUUUUUUUUUUUUUUUUUUUUCUUUUCUCAAAACCUUUUUUAAGUGUAAUUGCAUCAUAAAAAAAAGGAAAAAAGUAAUAAACAUUAAAAAUGGUAGUAUGAGUUUAGUAAAUGUGUUGUGCUGAAAUUCAAAAUACAAAUUAAAGGCUGUGGUUGAAAAUGUUGAAAAUAGUGUGGAUGGUGAAUGUUUGUUAUGGAAACACUUGGUGAUUUUUACUGUAAUUACAAAUUUCAUAAUUUGAUUCCAUGUACAGAUAAUCAUAGUUUGUGUACCUAUGACAAGUAAUAUGAAAAAAGGUAAUAAAACAUGUCAUUGAUAUCUAUUUAUUUAGGUGAUUACACUUAGGGAAAUAAAAGGAAAAAGUAUAUUU